AUGGCACAAACAACCAUCACAAUAUCAACAAUAACAACAGCAGUGGAAGCAGCACAUCGACGCGAAGACAGUCAACAGAGCAAUUUGAAAAUGUCAACUUAUAAAGUGACACAAUAUUUCAACUCUGCCUCUUCCUUUUCUAGCUUCAAAAUAACUUCCUCCCACGCAGAGAAAAUGUCUUUGACAUAA